GCCGCCCCGCACUCACCUCACGCAGCGUCUCGGCGGCGGCGGUUACCGGGCGGCGCGGGAUGGCGGCGCGCGAGCAGCGGAGCCUCGACUACCUGCGGCGGUGGCGGCUGCCCGAGCUGCUGCAGCGCCUGGCCGCGCUGCUGCUCUACCACCGUCCCGGCAGGCCGCGCCAGUUCCUGCUGCAGGCGCUGGAGGGGCUGAAGGCUGGGCGGCGAGGCGCGGGCCCCUACCCCGACCUCAUGGACGACACCAACCUGGAGGCCAUGUUCGGCUUGCUGGAUGUGGUGGGGCAAGGCCACAUAGCGCCGGCGGCGUACGGCCAAGCUCUUAAAACUUUGGGACUGAGCACUGAAGAUCCACCACUUGGAGAUGACACAAGAAUCACGCUGGCCGUAUUCAAGGAAGAAGUGAAGAAGAAGAUGCAGAAGAGCUGGGCUGUGUAUUAGUUUCAGAAGUUGUUACAGAUAUUAAAAGCAAGCAUCUGACUCAAUGCUUCUGGUUUGUCAGCUGUGGAUGUAAUUUUAAGUACCAUUCAUUCUCUUUUCCCCCAUCAUUUCUCUCGUGUGAGCAGCUGACUGAAAACAGCAGGCACUGGAGGGGUAGCUUUGUAUUACCAAAAGCAGUUGUUAAAUUAGAUGGUUAAACACCAAAAAGUAGAGGUCUCUUUUACAUAACAAAAAACAGUGUUUUGGAAGUUUCCUCCUACAGUCUGUAACUAACAGUAAGAGGUUGUUAGUUGUUGGUUUAUUACCAUCAAAUAAAAUUAGGAGUUGAGCUA